CUCAUCAGGUGCGAAGUGUGUGCUUUAGUAUCGUGGUAGGCCUGGCUUCCCAGAGAGGGAGGGGAAAGGUUGUAACCACUCCUUUGAGAGGGAUCACCGAAGUCACCGUCGUGGGUUUGCACAGUCGGACGGGCGGCGCCAUGGCGGAAAGAAAAAGAACAACCAAAGUGGACUUCUUGAAGAAGAUUGAGAAAGAAGUCCAACAAAAAUGGGAUGCCAAGAAAGUGUUUGAGGUCAAUGCAUCUAAUUUAGAGAAACAGACUAGCAAGGACAAGUACUUUGUAACCUUCCCAUAUCCAUAUAUGAAUGGGCGCCUUCACUUGGGACAUACAUUUUCUUUAUCCAAAUGUGAGUUUGCAGUAGGGUACCAGAGAUUGAAAGGAAAAACUUGUCUAUUUCCCUUUGGUUUACACUGUACUGGAAUGCCUGUUAAGGCAUGUGCUGAUAAAUUGAAAAGAGAAAUAGAGCUUUAUGGUUGCCCCCCUGAUUUUCCAGAUGAGGAAGAGGAAGAAGAAGAAAUCAGUAUUAAAACAGAAGAUAUAAUAAUUAAGGAUAAAGCUAAAGGAAAAAAGAGUAAAGCUGCUGCUAAAGCUGGAUCUUCUAAAUACCAGUGGGACAUUAUGAAAUCCCUUGGUCUGUCUGAUGAAGAGAUAGUCAAAUUUUCUGAAGCAGAAUAUUGGCUUGACUAUUUCCCACCACUGGCUGUUCAGGAUCUGAAGAGAAUGGGUUUGAAGGUAGACUGGCGUCGUUCCUUCAUCACCACUGAUGUUAAUCCUUACUAUGACUCGUUUGUCAGGUGGCAGUUUUUAACAUUAAGAGAAAGAAGCAAAAUUAAAUUUGGGAAGCGGUAUACCAUUUAUUCUCCAAAAGAUGGACAGCCUUGUAUGGAUCAUGACAGACAAACUGGAGAGGGUGUUGGACCUCAGGAAUAUACUUUAAUCAAGUUGAAAGUACUUGAGCCAUACCCAUCCAAAUUAAGUGGCUUGAAAGGGAAAAAUAUCUUCUUGGUAGCUGCUACUCUCAGACCUGAGACCAUGUUUGGACAGACAAACUGUUGGGUUUGCCCUCAUAUGAAGUACAUUGGAUUUGAGACAGUGAAUGGAGAUAUAUUCAUCUGCACCCAAAGAGCCGCAAGGAAUAUGUCAUACCAGGGCUUUACCAAGGGCAGUGGAGUGGUGCCUGUUGUUAAAGAGUUAAUGGGAGAGGAUAUUCUUGGUGCAUCACUUUCUGCGCCUUUAACAUCCUACAAGGUGAUCUAUGUUCUCCCAAUGCUCACCAUCAAGGAGGAUAAAGGUACUGGUGUGGUCACAAGUGUUCCUUCUGACUCCCCCGAUGAUUUUGCUGCCUUCAGAGACUUGAAGAAAAAGCCAGCUUUACGAGCAAAAUAUGGAAUUAGAGAUGACAUGGUCUUGCCAUUUGAGCCUGUUCCAGUCAUUGAAAUUCCAGGUUUUGGACAGCUUUCUGCUGUAACCAUGUGUGAUGAGUUGAAAGUUCAGAGCCAGAAUGACCGAGAAAAACUUGCAGAAGCAAAGGAGAAAUUAUACCUAAGAGGCUUUUAUGAUGGUGUAAUGUUGGUGGAUGGAUUUAAGGGACAGAAGGUCCAAGAUGUAAAGAAGACUAUUAAAAACAAGAUGAUUGACACUGGAGAUGCAUAUAUUUACAUGGAACCAGAGAAACAAGUUAUGUCCAGGUCUUCAGAUGAAUGUGUCGUGGCCCUGUGUGACCAGUGGUACUUGGAUUAUGGAGAAGAGAACUGGAAAAAACAGACAUCCCAGUGUUUGAAGAACCUAGAAACGUUCUGUGAGGAGACCAGGAGGAAUUUUGAAGCUACCUUAGAUUGGCUGCAAGAGCAUGCUUGCUCAAGAACUUACGGCUUAGGUACUCGUCUGCCAUGGGAUGAGCAGUGGCUGAUUGAAUCACUCUCUGACUCCACUAUUUACAUGGCGUUUUACACAGUUGCACAUCUGUUGCAGGGAGGUAACUUGCGUGGACAGACAGAGUCUCCACUGGGCAUCAGACCACAGCAGAUGACCAAGGAAGUUUGGGAUUAUGUUUUCUUCAAGGAGGCUCCAUUUCCUGAAACUCAGAUCCCAAAGGAAAAAUUAGAUCAGUUAAGGAAGGAAUUUGAGUUCUGGUAUCCUGUGGAUCUUCGAGCCUCUGGCAAGGAUCUUAUUCCAAAUCAUCUUUCAUAUUUCCUUUAUAAUCAUGUGGCUAUGUGGCCAGAAGAAAGUGAUAAAUGGCCUGUAGCUGUGAGAGCAAAUGGACAUCUCCUCCUCAACUCUGAGAAGAUGUCAAAAUCCACAGGCAACUUCCUCACUUUGACCCAAGCUCUUGACAAAUAUUCAGCCGAUGGAAUGCGCUUGGCUCUAGCUGAUGCUGGUGACACUGUUGAAGAUGCUAACUUUGUGGAAACCAUGGCAGAUGCAGGUAUUCUCCGUCUGUACACCUGGGUGGAAUGGGUGAAAGAAAUGGUUGCCAACUGGGAUAGCCUAAGAAGUGGUCCUGCCAACACCUUCAAUGAUAGAGUUUUUGCCAGUGAAAUGAAUGCAGGCAUUAUAAAAACAGAUCAAAAUUAUGAAAAGAUGAUGUUUAAAGAAGCUUUGAAAACAGGGUUUUUUGAGUUUCAGGCUGCGAAAGAUAAGUACCGUGAAUUGGCCAUAGAAGGGAUGCACCGAGACCUCGUGUUCCGGUUUAUUGAAGUUCAGACACUUCUCUUGGCUCCAUUCUGUCCUCAUUUGUGUGAGCACAUCUGGACACUCCUGGGAAAGCCCGACUCAGUUAUGAAUGCUUCAUGGCCUCUGGCAGGUCCUGUGGAUGAAAGCUUGGUACGCUCCUCACAGUAUCUCAUGGAAGUAGCACAUGACCUUAGAUUGCGACUCAAGAACUAUAUGAUACCAGCUAAAGGGAAGAAGACUGACAAGCACCUCCCUCAGAAGCCUUCACAUUGCACCAUCUAUGUGGCGAAGAACUAUCCGUCUUGGCAACACAUCACCCUGUCAGUUCUGCGUCAUCACUUUGAGACCAAUAGUGGAAAAUUGCCUGAUAACAAAGUCAUUGCUAGUGAACUAGUCAAUUUGCCAGAAUUGAAGAAAUACAUGAAGAAAGUGAUGCCAUUUGUUGCCAUGAUUAAGGAAAAUCUGGAGAAGAUGGGACCUCGUGUUCUGGAUUUGCAAUUAGAAUUUGAUGAACAGGCAGUGCUCAUGGAGAAUAUAGUCUAUCUGACCAAUUCCCUUGAGCUAGAACACAUAGAAGUCAAGUUUGCCUCUGAAGCAGAAGAUAAAGUCAGGGAAGAUUGCUGUCCUGGGAAACCACUUAAUGUUUUUAGAACAGAACCUGGUGUAUCAGUUUCCCUAGUGAAUUCUCAGCCAUUCAAUGGCCACUUCUCAACCAAAAUUGAAAUCAGGCAAGGAGAUAACCGUGAUUCUAUAAUCCGGCGUUUAAUGAAGGUGGACCGAGGAAUCAAAGACCUUUCCAAAGUGAAACUGAUGAGAUUUGAUGAUCCACUGUUGGGGCCUCGGCGAGUUCCUGUCCUGGGAAAAGAGCACGCUGAGAAGACCCCCAUUUCUGAGCAUGCUGUUUUCCACGUGGACCUCACGAGCAAGAAAAUUCAUCUUACUGAAAAUGGGCUAUGGGCAGAUAUUGGUGAUACAAUGAUCUAUCUGGUUCAUUAAAUUCAGGCACAUUG